AUGGUAUCGUUGGCGUUCUUGACGGCCUCUUCUUCGGUUUGGAACUUGGAAACUGCAACCACAGGGCCAAAGAUCUCUUCUCUGACGAUCUUCAUAUCCUGGUUGCAAUCGGCAAACACCGUUGGUUGGAUGAAAUACCCGGCCUUCUGGACAACUGGUUCGUCUCCCAGAACAACCCUGGCACCUUCCUUCUUGCCUGACUCGAUGUAUCCCUUGAUCUUGUCAAACUGGCCCUUGGAAAUGACCGGACCCAUGACACUGUCCUGGACCAGGAUUCUGGAGUUGGCGGUGCAGUUUUGGCCCGAGUUGUACAUAACUCCGAAGGAAGCCCAUUUGGCAGCUUUUUCCAAAUCGGCAUCUUCAAAAACCACCAAUGGCGAUUUACCACCGCAUUCCAACGAAACGUUCUUCAAAUUAGCCGAGGCACUUUGCAUGAUUUUUGCGCCCGUUGCAGUCGACCCAGUGAACGCCACUUUAUCCAGGUCGGGGUGA